UGAAAGAAAAUGAAGUGAGACAUAGUGUACAGGAACCCAUGAAUUAUAGGUCUCACAAAAUCAGAAAGAUAUGUAGUUAUCUCCCUUGACCGAACAACAGUAUAAUUCGUCUCAUCUCGGCCGAUUCUGUAAGGAGAGUAGCGGAUUCUACCGAGGAUUGCCGAAUGCUACAGUACCUGUAGCUAUCUCCCUUGACCAAACUACAAAAUAUGUAGUUACCUUCUUGACUGAACUACAGUUUAGUUUAUUAUCUCCCUUAAUCAAACUACAGUUUGGUUUAUAUUAGGAAAACAUUAGCUUUUAUGCUGGAGGAAACGGAUUUGUAAAGAUCAGGAUAGUGAUGCUGCAUUACAAAAGGAACACAUGAAAAUAUACUAUGCCAAGUAAAACAAAUCCUUGGUCAAAAAAAUUGUUAAAACACAUAAAAACACAUAGCACAGAGUUUAACGAACAAAUGAAAACACAUACUGCAGAGUAACAGGAGCAUAUAUUUAUAUGUGGUAAAGUACGUAGUCAAAGAUAUGAAACAUACACCAGAGAUUAACUUUUAUGAUCGUGAUAUAUUAUAUAUGUAUGAAGGGUUUGAUUAUAGUUUAAACUUACAAAUUCACAUAUAAGCACUGGUGAUAAAACUUUAUAAAUGCGAUGUAUGUGGUUGAAGGAUUUAGUCAGAGCCAGCUUUUGCAGAGACAACAUAGAGAUCACACCAACGAUGAAACUUAUAUUGGUGAUAAGAUAAGUCAUAGUUCAAAUUCUCAAAUUAAGAUGAGUUCAGAAACUGGUGAUAAACCCAAUACAUGUGAUAUAUGUGGUAAAGGGUUUGCUCAUAGAGUAGCCUUAUUGAGACACAAAAGAACACACAAUGGUGAUAAACCUUAUAGAUGUGAUGUAUGCCGUAAAACUUUUACUGACUGUUCAAAUUUAAACGACCACAAAAGAACACAUACUAGUGAUAAACCGUACAAAUGUGAUAUGUGUAAUAAAGGGUUUGCUCAAAGUUCAACCUUAUGGACACACAUGAUAACACACACUGGUGAUAAGCCGUAUAAAUGUGGUAUGUGUAAUAAGGAGUUUGCUCAAAAUUCAACCUUAUGGAAACACAUGAUAACCCACACUGGUGAUAAACGGUUUAAAUGUGAUGUGUGCGGUAAAAAGUUUACUCAGAGUAGUGAUGUAAAGAUACAUAUGAGAAUACACACUGGUGAUAAACCGUUUAAAUGUGAUAUAUGUGGUAAAGGGUUUGCUCGAAGUUCAACAUUGCAGAGACACUUGAGAAUACACACUGUUGAAAUUAAGAUGAGGACACAUACUGGUGAUAAACCUAGUGCAUGUGAUAUAUUUGAUAACGUUGCGGAUAGUUCAACUGUAAAGAGACACACGAGAGAACACACUGAUUAUAAACUUUCUAUUGGUGAUGAGUUUAGUCACACUUCAAACUUACAAAUUCAGAUGAGAACACAAACUGGUGAUAAACUUAAUAUCUGUGAUAUGUUUGGUAACGUUGCUGAAAGUUCAAUAUCACAGAGACACACUAAAACACACACUGUUGAUAAACCUAUAGGUGAUGAGUUGAGUCAAAGUUCAAACUUACAAAACUUACAAACGAAGAAAUCACAUACCGGUGAUAGAACUAAUACAUGUCACUUAUGUGGCGUAUGUGGUAAAUUGUUUGAUUAUAUUUCAACCUUAAGGGUCCACCUUAGAAUGCACACAGGUGAUAAACCGUAUAAAUGUGAUGUAUGCUGUAAAGGAUUUGCUAUGAGUUCAAAUUUAAAGGUACACAUAAGAACACACACUGGUGAUAAACCGUAUGAAUGUGCUGUGUGUGGUAAAGGGUUUAGUGUCUCUACCAAAUUGCGCAUACAUAUGAGAACGCAUACUGUUUAUAAAUAA